UUGCCUUGUGAUUCCGAUACUAUUCUCUGUUUUGGACUGCCUGUCUGUGUAUCGACCUUGCAUCAACUAAAUGCUCUCCCCGUACCUCGUCUCUAAUAAUUAAGUCCAAUCAGUAUACUCAGUCACAGCUGGAUUCCAGUGAAGGUGUCGAACCAUCUGAAUGAUGAUCAAAAGAAAUGGAUAGCACCCAAGCAUGGAUGGAGCUCUGCAGCAUGCUGGAUGGAGAACCUGAGGAGUGACAACAUAGUGCGACACUAAUUGGAAACUUGUGCAGCCUGCAUUGCCAUGGAGUUAGGAAAAGUUUGGUCCAGACAUCAGAGGACACUGCUGAUCACCAUGAUGAUGUUCAAACUGGGUUUUCUGUGUACAGCAGCAGCAGACAAAUGCCUCUCAUCUCCCUGUAAUAAUGGCGCCACCUGUAUUGAACAUCUGGGUGACUAUGUGUGCCUUUGUCCCAAAGAACCAGUAUGGUACAUGGGCAAAAACUGUGACGAACUGUAUGACGCUUGCAUCUUGGCACCUUGCACCAACUGUACCAGCAGUCUCGGAACUGGCAGUUUCACAUGCCAAUGUCCGGAUGGCUUCACAGGCCUCAACUGCACCCAGGAUGUAGACGAGUGUGCGAGCAACCCUUGCAAAGGUAUCAGGUCUUACUGUGUCAACAGAAUUGAUGCCUAUUCAUGCCACUGUCCAUAUGGAUUUGGAGGUGAAUACUGUGAGUCUCAUGUCACCACUUGUUCAGAGGAAAUAUGCCACAAUGGGGGAACCUGUAUUGACAGUCCUGACAUUGGACAUCAUUGUCAGUGUCAUGGUGGAUACCACGGGACCAACUGCGAAAAAAAUAUUGAUGAAUGCGAGUCUGCACCCUGUCAAAAUGGUGCCAUUUGUAAAGAUGGCAUCAAUGCCUACCAGUGUUUCUGUGUGCCUGGAUUUCAAGGCUUCCACUGUGACUUGGACAUAAAUGAAUGUGCCUCCACACCAUGUCAAAAUAAUGGCACAUGCUGGGAUGAAGUGGACAAUUACAUCUGUGAUUGUGUUGAAGGCUUCAAAGGGCUUAGCUGUGAGGUAGAGAUUGAUGAGUGCGAAGUACAACCCUGCCAAAAUGGUGCUGCCUGCCGAGACUAUGUUGCCACUUACAUAUGUGAGUGUAUGGAUGGCUUCCAGGGUCAAGACUGUGAGGUCAACAUUGAUGAAUGUGCCAGCAUGCCAUGUCUGAAUGAUGGCAGGUGCAUUGACGGGGUCAACAGAUAUGAGUGUGACUGUGAUGGCACAGGCUUUGAAGGUCACAACUGUGAGGAGGAUAUUCCUGAAUGUGCUUCGGGUCCAUGCCAGCAUGGGGGCACUUGCUUGGAGGGCAGCAACCAGUACGAUUGCCUCUGUUGGCAAGGUUACAAGGGGGAGAACUGCCAGGUGGAUGAAGAUGAGUGUGAGCAGCACCCCUGUGAAAAUGAUGGUGAAUGCUUCCAGCGCUCAGAUGUUGACAACUAUGGGGUACUCCCUGAACUCAACACAGCCAAUUUUUCCUAUGAAGACGCAGCUGGAUUCAUCUGCCACUGUCAGCCUGGAUUCACAGGAGAAAAUUGCUCUCUCAAUGUGGACGAGUGUGAGUCUGCUCCAUGUCAGCAUGGAGGAGAUUGCAAGGAUUUAGUAAACUCAUAUCAAUGCUUGUGCUCGGAUGGCUUCACAGGUAUGCAUUGUGAAGUGGAUAUCAAUGAGUGUGAUAGCAAUCCUUGCCAGAAUGGUGCCACGUGCGAAGACGCUGCCAACUCUUAUAUAUGUCAGUGUCCUGCUCCACAACCUGAAACACAGCCCUUGGGUGGGCGGAACUGUGAUAUUGUCCUGGUUGGCUGCCACCAGCACCAUUGUCAACAUAAUGGCGUCUGCAUGCCUCUGCUGACAGCGUAUGGUGAACAUAGCUACACGUGCCUCUGUGGGCCAGGCUGGAUGGGAGAACUUUGCAACACCUCUACCACCUUUUCCUUCAACUCUGAGGGCUACGUCCAUAUGCAGCUUCCUGUUUCUAAAAAUGGAGCAAGCCAAAGUACUGAUGACCACAACUAUGGACUCCAUAUGCAGCUGAGAUUCAGGAGCACUUUGCCUGACAUGUUGUUGUACCAUCGUGGCACCAUGGAACACUUCACCUCCUUGGCAUUAGUUCGGGGUUCUCUCCAGGCCAAGUUAAAAUCUGGGAGGUUACUACGGGUCAUUUAUCCAGGUCCAGUCAAUGAUGGCGAAUGGUACCAAGCCACUGUGACCAUGGAUGAGAGAUUGAUUAUGGUUGUAGAAGGACCUGGCUGUGAGGAUGGAUGUCACGUGGAAAAUAAAGUGUACAACCAUCUGAUCUUUUUCCAGUCAAACUCUUUUCAACAGCUGUAUGUAGGAGGAGCACCGAAGGAAUAUUUGACACUCACAUCAAGUGGGAGGAGUUUUAUUGGCUGCAUGGAAGACCUUAGAGUUGACUAUAAAUUGCUCCUUCCUCAAGACCUCAUGAGAGAAGAGAACAUGGCCUUGGAAUUGGGAUGUGUCAAAGAGGAUUUGUGCCAAGAUGAUCCUUGCAGACAAUUGGGGUUUUGCGUGGACAUGUGGGUUGUGGCCAAAUGUCAUUGCCACCGGCCAUACUUUGGAGAAACGUGUGACAGAGAAUACCCAUCCUGGACCUUUGGUCAUGAAAACACAACAAGCUAUGCUGUCUUCAACAUCACAGAAACCCAUGGAGAAAAUUUCACCAUCUCCUUUAUCAUGCGGUCUCUUAAAAAAAAUGGGCUUCUUCUGGAGUUUCGCCGGGAGGAAAAGUCGUACCUGACAAUCUACCUGAAGGAAUCUGCAGUUGCCAUCUAUAGCCCUUACACCACACUCUUGUCAGAGGCAAAGUUUGUCACUGAUGGCAAAAAUAAUUUGGUGAUGAUUAAAGUAAACUCCGGCCAUGUGUUCUUCCCAAUAGCUAGGAACCAUCGCACCUUAGGGAAUGUAAGCAUAGAAGCGGGUGAUGUUGUUUAUGUUGGAGGACUUCCCAUCAGUGAAAAUCGGAAUAGCUGGGGUGGAAAAUUCAAAGGCUGCCUACAAGACAUUCGAUUGGAUGACAAACAGUUGUCUAUUUUGGGCCAUAAGGAAGAGGUGGAGAGUUAUCAGGCAACUGCAGAGAAGAAUGUUCUACCAGGAUGUCAAAGUGACAAUACAUGCAGGAAUGAGCCCUGUGUCAACGGCGGAGUGUGUCAAAUCACCUGGAAUGAUUUCAAGUGUGAUUGUUCCAUUAACUUCUCCGGACGAUUGUGCGAGAAACAUUUGUGGUGUGUGGAAAACCCAUGCUUUGAAGGAGGGCAAUGUGUCGACCUAUUUGACGGUUAUGAGUGUUUGACUGAAGCCAUUUUCAAGGAUAACGCUGUCGAGUAUUUUGCAAACAGUUCCCUGGUGAGCCCAGUAACAAACAUCACGAUGGACAUUAGAACACGGGACGACAGCGGUAUCUUGUUGAGGGCCGAGACCCGAACUGAGCUAUUCUGUCUGGGUCUCCUUAAUUCCACACUUCUGGUCAAAAUGGACACUGGAAUGAGUGCAGAGCUGCUAGCUUUUAAGAGUGACAAGGCCAUCGCAGAUGGGGGAUGGCAUCGCAUCCUUUUGACCAUGAUCAACCCUUCACAGUCAGUGUCCCGAUGGCAUCUCACUGUAGAUGGGCAGACAGCGGGUUGCAGCCUUGGAGUUGGUGGCAACCUUAACUUCCUCAAUGAUACCAAAAUACGACUGGCGGAGAAAUAUGCUGGAUGUUUGGGGGAAGUGAGAGUCGGUGGAAUCUACCUACCAAUUUUUAAUGUACCAGAGGCACCUCAGCUAAGCUAUUUCUCCAGACUGGGUGGACAGGAACCAAAUUUAGGAUGCAAGGGUGCCCCAGUUUGUGACUCUCAGCCAUGUUUCAAUGAGGGUGUGUGCCAAGACCAUUUCAACGAGUUUAACUGCAGCUGCAACCCAGGGUGGGAGGGAGAACUAUGUGAGUCUGAAAUAAAUGAGUGCUCUUCUGGACCUUGUGUCUAUGGGGCAUGUAAAGACCUUCUAGCAGACUACCAGUGUGACUGUGAGCCUGGAUAUGUAGGGAGAAACUGUCAGGAAGAAGUCGAUAACUGUUUGGAGUUUAGCUGCUUAAAUGACGGUACCUGUAUGGAAACAGAGGUAACUCAUACUUGUGUAUGUCCUCCUGGAUUCGUGGGCAAACGCUGCCAGCGGCGAUUCCCUCCAGCAGCAUGUGAUGCCAAAACAGAGUGUCUUCAUGGAGGAAUUUGCAUAGGGUGGGACACUGGUGGAAACUGCACCUGCAAGCCAGGGUACACUGGUGGCAGGUGUGAGACAGAAAUAGACGAAUGUGAGUCCAGCCCUUGUCUCAACGGUGCCACCUGUCUAGACAGACUCAACCACUUUCAGUGUGUAUGUGUGCCAGGCUACCAUGGCACACUGUGCGAAAGCAAUAAAAAGGAGCUAAAAGAGCGGAUCCCUUGGCUAGUGGUGACCAUCCCCCUCACCACAUUAUGUGUAUUACUAGCCAUCUUAGUCAUCUUUUUCCUCAUCAUGACGGCCCGGAAGAAACGCCAGUCCGAGGGCACCUACAGCCCCAGCUCACAGGAGGUGGCUGGAGCCAGGUUGGAGAUGGGCAGUGUCCUAAAAAUGCCCCCUGAGGAGAGGCUAAUCUGAGACCUGCAGCCUCAAGUAGAGAGCAGGAUUUCUUUGUUCUGAAGGACAAUGUUGUGGCCCGCUGCCACAACGGUCGAAUGUCAGACGGAUCGACAGUAUUGCCGGAAUGACUGAUGCUCCCCUUUGGGAAAACUACUAACAUUGAAGCUUCAGAGUGGAAAAAAAAAAAGUGGAAAAAAAAAAUCCAAUCAAAAGACAGGACAUGGCAAAGAUGAACUUUCAAAGAUGUGAAAAGUCAUGGGGACAAGAUUUAGCCUCAAAUUUAGAACUCCAUUAUUUAAUCAGCUGAAGAAAUCACAUUUUUAUUUAUAUUUAUUUUCAAGAAUUCCCAGUUGUCAAAGAUAUCUUG